AUGCCUUCAGAACAACGUCAUCCUAUUUUACUACCUAAGUGCAGAAUUUCCCAGUUGCUUGUGCUUUACAUGCAUUUAAAAACGUAUCAUGGAGGCAUACAAUUGACACUAAGAGUUUUGCGAGAACGCUUUUGGAUUCUGAAAGUUCGCAACUUGGUUCGAAAGAUCAUCCAUGCUUGUGUCACUUGCGUUCGAGUGAAAGCAAAAACCGAAGAGCAAUUUAUGGCAAAAUUGCCAGCAGUUCGAGUUCAAAUUUCACGACCCUUUUCGCACUACGGAGUGGAUUACGCAGGUCCCAUUUUAGUAAGAAAUUCGUCAGGGCGCGGUUAUAAAAGUCACAAGGCAUACAUUUCUUUAUUUGUUUGCCUAUCCACAAGAGCAAUUUAUCUUGAAUUAGUUCACGAUUACUCGACAGCAGCAUUUAUUGCUGCGUUAGAAAGAUUUUGUGCUCGUUGCGGUUUUCCUAUUUGUAUGUACUCGGAUAAUGGCACAACUUUCCAAGGUGCUGAACGAGAAUUGCGUGAAGCUUUCAAAACUGUCACGAAUGAUCCGAAAUUAAGGAAUCAUUUUGCGUCGGAUCAGAUCAAUUGGCAAUUUUUGCCCCCUUCGGCACCUCAUCAUGGGGGACUGUGGGAAGCAGGCGUAAAAAGUGUCAAGCACCAUUUAAAACGCACGCUGAAAUCCGCCACUCCUACAGGGGAGGAACUCACUACCUUGCUAUGCAAUAUUGAAGCAUGCUUAAAUUCACGUCCAAUCGCUCCCUUAAAAGACGAUGUUUCGUCAUUUGAUGCACUAACUCCUGGCCACUUUUUAGUUGGCUCUGCAUUAAAGACCAUUCCUAUGCCCUCUGUCCUUGAUGAGAAUGAAAAUCGACUGAAUCGAUGGAAAUCCAUGCAACAAAAAUGCGAACAAUUUUGGAAAAUUUGGUCCAAAGAUUAUUUACACUCGUUGCAGCCGAGGUCAAAGUGGCGUUAUAGUAAACCGAAUUUGGAGAAGGGUAAUCUGGUUUUGUUAAAAUGUGCACUAUUGCCUCCAACAAAGUGGGAGCUUGGUCGCAUUAUUGAAUGCUUUCCCGAAAGUGAAAAUAUAGUUAGAACAGUAAAGGUUCAAACAGCGCGAUCUACUUAUGUUCACCCAAUAACACAACUUGUAAAACUGCCAAUUUCUGAUUCGAACAACUAA